AUGGAUAAUACCGCAUGGACGUACACCGUCUCGGCGUUGCAGGUCCGUAUGCUGCGAAUUCCAGUGGUCGACUCUGCAACGAUCAGAGAGCUGCGGGUGUUUGCGACGAUCGACAAACAAGCCGCUCAAUCGCGAGGAUCGAGAUGGAAACAAGAGUUUCAGUCAGUUGGACGAUCACCUCAGCGGUCGACUAGGAAGCGAGGACAACGAAACAAAUCACUGAGGAGGGUGGAGCCGUAUCGACGCAGUGGACUGAUCGAAGAGGCCAAGUGGACACGCGGUGAAGGGAAGCUGCAAUGGACUUUUCCAAUGGAGAAAUUUCGUCAUCUGAAGGCGUAUGCUCCGAGGGUUAAGGCGUUUGUGUACGGUAUUGGAGAGGCCGGAGUGGUGAACCCUUGCCGAGCGCAGAUCGAGAAUCUCGCUCGUCAAGAGAAAGAAGGAGCGAUUUUGAGCUUUGGAUGGUUCUUUCUCGAUCUAAGGACCCCAGACCUCCCAGAACGGUGGCUCAAACUGCAAAACUCACCUUUUGGUGGUGAGAUUUUGAUCUCCAGCACUUUUUUGCCGGCCAAAGCAGUGGCAGUCGACGAAGCGGGAGCAAUACCAACUGUGGUUUCAGGCGAAAGUGGAGAAUAUUUGCAGAUUGGAGACGGAACUGGUCAAGACAUUUUUGUGCUGUCUGUCUUCAUCCAGGCAGCUUCUAACCUGCUGAAGGUUGUAGAAACCUCAGUGGGUGAGAACAGACAGGCAUUGGAGGAGACGGGAUUCUGGCUCAGCUAUUCUCUGUUCGAUGUGGUAGUCCAGACUGGUAUUUUCCAUAACCUGAGUGUUGCCGAGUUUUCGCCCAUUCGCGAUAGUUUCCGCGUGAAGACCAGCUUGAAGGAUCUAGCACUCUGUCUCGAGGCUUUAGGGACCCUUUCGGUGUUUUUGUGCUCAGAAAACCGGGUCCUAGCUGGAGUAGAGAUUCCGUUGCACCUACUCCUGUCAAAAGGGUUCUUUGCAGAAGGGAGGAACAAGCCGAAACCGGGCGACACUGUUGACGUUGAUGGCAAGUUUUCGUUCCCUGACUUCAAAGAAGCCAUUAUCUCUGCUUCCGUUGCUGUUGAACUCUGGAUGCGGCUUCUGAGGUUAUAUUCAAAUUGGACCAUGUGCGUUUGA